AUGACGUUGAUGAUGUUUGGAGGAACAAAAUAUGGUAUGAUCACUCCACAGCCCAGUAAUUUGACGAUAAUGGGAGUUCUCGGAAUGCACAUGUCAAUCAAAAAAUUGCUAGGCGACAGUGAUGCCGAAACUUACAAGAAUGAGUUCCUCCCCGUUGACAUCGCAGAUUUAGAACCAAGUUCACAUAUAUUUGAACUUCGCAAGGCAAUGAUAAAUGGCGAGAAAGGCCAAAUCACUGUAAAUGAUUACGACAUCUCCAAUGAUGAGCACCAUGUAAUCAAUCGAUCAAAGACUUACAACUACGAUAAAGUGAAGGAUUUCAAUCUCAGAUUCUUAGAGAACAAUGUAGACGGUGAGAUAGAGGAGAUGUUGGAGAGCAUGAAUGCAACCGACAUUCUGGAAUACUUCUACGAAAAGUUUAUCUCGAAAAACUUGAGUCAAAAUUAUACCGGUUUCAAUAUUUUGAAAAGUCGAAGUUUAUGGAAAAUAUAUCCUGAAAAAGAUGCACAAGAGGCUCGAAGUGUCAUGAAGAAGUUUGAGCUGCAGUUUGAGGAGAGGAUAUUGAAGUCCGAUGACGCGUGGGUGGUUGAUGUUUAUGACGCAGAAAUGAAAUUCUGGAAUGGAACUACUGAGAGGUUUCUAAUAUGUGGAAGAAAUAUAAAAGUUCAUGACACAACUCUAGCUGUUGUGGCAGCUGUCUUCAGAGAUCAGAUUUUGAGGAACAUCAUCAUCGAAAAUAGUUUGACGUCAUCUUCUUCGUCGUCGUCGUCGCCUGUGACAUCAGUCUCCUACCUGCUUGAUGAUGGUGGCAUCGUAAUCACUGCUGAUGAUGAUGAGGACCAUGUAGGUCUGUUUUUUGGCGAUGUUGAGCCGCAUGUUAUGAAACAUAUGCUUGAGAAUAGAAUCUACAGACUGGAUGAGACGACGAGGUACUUUUCCAUCUGCUCAGACCUAGGAUCAACUGAUGACGCUUCUCACAUCACAUCCUUUUUUUCGAGUCUGACGUACCAGCUGAUAAUUCCUAAACUCUUCUCCUUCCUUCAUGGCGUAAUGGUGGAUAUGGUUUUUUCCGAUAUUGAAUUCGGCGAUGAGCCAGACAACCGCCCAAAGGAAUACUGCCAGAGGAACUUAUACAAAUAUUCUUUUGGUACGAAUGCCGCAAAGGAGAAUGAGUUUUCCAUCGACUGCCAAAAUUGCUCAAAGACGUACAAGACAAUGAGGAUGAGGGAUGCGAACUUGAUGUUGGUGCUGGUGGUCAGCAGCCAUCAUGCAUACGACAACAGCGCAGACGGUGGCUCCAACAGCAAUCACAUAUCUGACCACACAACUGACACGCAGUCCAACCAACAUGACAACGCUACAGAGGUGAAGGACGCUUGCAAGUGUUACUUCAAUGAAUCCAUGAGUCUUCCAUUCAAACCAACUCAAUAUAAAGAUAAAGAUUUUCUGUUAUCAAAUUUUGAGGUGAACUCUGAUGACUCACUCUGUCUACCCUUCGACAAGGUAUGCCUUAACUUUCAAUGGCUCUUUAUAGUUUAUCAACUUAUAUUUUGGGAAUAUUUUCUGAUGAUGUAUGGCUUUCUGUGUAUAUUAAAUGAUGCGUAUUUUAAGUUUUUAUUUGUAUUUUGAGAUACUUUCGUCAAAUCUUGAUGCUUAGACAAAUAUUUGACAGAUGGAAGAAUCAUUCAGUGCAUCGACGCCCAACAGAGCAGCAGCAUUCUCCAUUCUCCUAUCCACUUUCAUCAUCUUCAUCUUCACGUUCAUCACCAUAUAAUCAUGUUUAAAAGUAUUGAAGUUUCAUUCAAUUUUUAACAUCAUUUUUUUAAUCUUCUGAAAGUGAUUUUUUUCAAUUUAUUUUUCAGUUUUUACCCUAAUUUUAGUGUGGUGGUUUGAUGCAUACAGCGUAAUUGUCAUGCUUCUUCUUAUCGUGCUGUUGUUGUAUAUUUAUUUCAAAAUGAUCGAUUUAAGCUUUUUUAUAUCAGUUACGUUUCAAGUUUUUUCUUUUUAUUUAUUGAAAUCAUUUAUAACGAGUUUUUUUUAAAUCAUCGAUUGUACUAUAUUUAAUUUUCUCCCUCGUGUUUGGUAUUAAUUUUUGUUGUUGCUGAUAUGUGCUGCAAAUUGGUUUUAAAUUAAGUCUGCCUGAAUUACAGUUUGAUGUGUGGCUCGGCCGCAAGUGCCUUCCUUGUGGAAAAUUUCCGAAACUUCAUUUGAAAAUUAGUCAAAAUUAUUUUCUUAGCUACGCUGCAGUUUUUAAUACAUGGUCAGAUUCAUUGUAGAUGUUGCAUAAUAAGCGCAUAUAGAAAGAAAAAUAAAUGAAACCUCACACACAUACAACACAGUUACGAAUAAUAUAUGCACAUUUCUCUCUGAAUUUUUUCUUUAUAAAUUUUUUAUUCAACUUGCAACGGUAUUUUCACAUUGUAUUUAUUAGUGAAUAUGAUUUGAUCAUUCUAUCUUGUUACGACGUCACUGAUGAUCUAUUGUUCUUAAUUUUAUUUGAGAUUCAAUAAGGAAUUCGUGCAAUUUUCUUUCUGUUUACUACUGCAUAUUUGUGGUAAAUUUUAUUUUUAAUUUGCGUUUCUUGCUGUUUUGUUUUAAUUUAUUUGUUUUUGAAUUUCCGUUUUAUCUCAUCAACUCUAGUCUGUAAAUUUUUUUUUGGUUUCCGAAAUAACGAAUUACAUUAA